GCAGGCAAAAGUUUCCAGGUGCAUUCAAAUACCUCUGUAAAACACAGCACUGUCAUUCGAAGAACGUUUGUUUUGCUUAUGGUUCUGGACCUGUCAGCCAGGUGAGCAGGUGUUGCCGUGGUGGUGGAGCAAAAGCCACAUAGCCAGUGGGUGUGGUGUCGUCUGCUGUCACUCCGCACGUCUUACCACAUGUAGGUUUGACCCAAACUCGUGAGGCAGAUCUAUUCCCCUCCUGGUGCAUGCACCGCGCAAAAGGUAGCAGCGCAGCAGCAAACCGGCCGCGAUCAUCGCUUUUUAAUAAGACAUCAUAACCCGGACACGUCACUGCUUUCAACAAUGGCAUUCAAGAGCCUGAUGGAGUACCUGGCUUGGCUUUACUACCAGUACCUUCUGGUCACCGGCAUCUACGUGCUGGAGCCUUGGGAGAAGUCCAUCUUCAACUCGGUCCUGUUCUCGGCUGUCGCGAUGGUGAUCUACACCUCCUACGUCUUUGUGCCUAUCCACGUGCGCCUGGCGUUGGAGUUCUUCUCCGCCAUCUGCGGCGGGCAGCCGGAGAGCACCAUGGCCCUCAUGAACUAAGAUGGCUCGCAAUUACCUCCAGAAACUUCAUUUUAUAAAGGACGGGCAUCGAGUGAUUAAGAAUUAACUUCAUUGUGUGGAAAUGAUUAUCGAUGAAUCACGUUUUGAAGCGACUGAAACACUGCUUGAUUCGCUCAGCUAAUUUGAUGUGUCAAGAAUAGCAACAUGAUGGGAAGUUGAGCUACAGCCACACUACGGCCACACCUCCCGGCAACCGUAUUCUGCUCAGUGUAACGCGGGAACACUCAGAACAACCAUUUGAAGAAUUUAUCGAUCAAAGGUAAUCAAAUGCCCAUCUCUAACUUCAACCAAAGCUGUCUAUCCUCUGAGCCAAUCAAAACAUUGUCAAGCUUACAAUGUUUUUAAGCCUGAACACCCCCGUGUAGUAUUGCACUCUUCACGGCCCUUUUCGCACCCUCGCUGUGAGCUGUGGUUUGUUCUGUUUUGGUGUCACCACAUUACGCUUUGUGUAAGCGCACGCUACCCAUAUGUUUAGCAUGAGAGGAUACGUCAAGCUGCUCUCGCUACAUCUAUCCUAAACUCUCUAAUGGUUAACCAUGGGACCCAUUUUGAGCUCCAUCGCGAACCAAAACAGCAGCACCUUUGGAGACACAUCAACAGUCUUUUCAAAAUAAUUUAAUU